CAACUACAUGUGUGUUUGGAUUUGCAGUCUUUGUGUGGUGGUUUUAGAAAGUGAAUGUUUGGGUUUUGGAGUAUUCAGGGUUUUUUUUUUUAUUUGCCAUGGAUCAAGAGUGCAAAAAGUUACCCUUGUUUGUAAUCUUCCUGCUUUUUUGGGGUAGUGCUUAUGGAUUUAAAGGUGGAGAUUCAAAUUCCCCCCAGCCUUCUGACAAUACUUGUCUCACCUAGUGCAGUCCAGUCUUCUGUGUCGGAGGUCCCUGUGACUGGGAUUUUGCCUGAAGAAGUGGGCUCUAGAUUUUUCACUAACAGACCCCUGAAAAGGUUGAACUUACUCCAGUUUGUUAAAGGUCAUGUUUCUAGCAGGCAUGAAUCGACGUCUCAUGCCCAAAGUGCUCCUGGCACUUCCUUUCAAGGGGAAGCUGCAGGGCUUGGCUCUCUUGUUGACUUGUCUCUCCAAUCUCAAGAAACCUCCAGUCACCUUCUGCCCUCACCUGUGGAGGUCUCUAAUCGGUCUACUAAUGGUCAAAGCACUCCCAGCUUGUUUGUUGUUGGCUUUGAGAGCAGUUCAGAUCCACAGUCAACAGGUCCUGUUUCACCUCUAGAGACUCAGGGUGGUCUCUCUCACAGCAUUUUGUCUACCCAAACUCUGGGCUCUGCUUCCACUUCUCAAGGCAGUUCUGAGCCUGAAUGGUCUGGGAGUUCUGAGCAACUUAUCCCUACACAAGUAGAAAGUGGCAGUUAUAGUGGUGUGUCCCAAUCUCUCAGCACUUCUAGUCCAGCAUUCCCCAGUAUACUUGCUGUAUCGCCAGUUUGAUGCCUUGCCUGUGGGGGUUUCUAGGCAGUCCUACAAACUCUCAAAGUUCACCUAGUGUGUCUACAAGCACCCAGAGCAGGUCUGGCACUAUAAUCUCCAGUCACUCUUUCCCUGUGCAGGGAGGUCGUAAUACUUCUAGCUUAUCUUUGAAGCCUCAGGGCAGUCUGGGUCUGUAUGCCCCUGUGUCCCCAACCAAAUAUGUAGGAGUUCCCAUGUCAUCACACCCAGCUGUUUAUAGCCAGUCAGCAAGUAGCUCUGGGGCUCAGUCUGGGGCCUCAACUGGUUUUGCCUCACAAGGAAUGAGUAGCACUUACAGUGGUUCUGUACAGCCUCAAGGUACUGCAAGUCAGUUUGCUCCUGGGUCUCUGUCCUCCUAUCCAAGUGUAUCACUAUCCUCACCUCAAGGUGCUGCCAGUCAGUCUGCUAUAGUCCAGAGUUCACGGAAGCAGUUUACCUCUACCUUCACAGGCAGCUCUGGCACUCAAGAAGGGUUCUCUAUGCCACUGACUCUACAGGGAAGCACCACUUAUCGUGGAUCACUCCAGCCUCAAGGUACCACAAGUCAGUUUGCCCCUGGGUCUCCAUCCUCACCCCAAGGUGCUGCCAGUCAGUCUGCUACAGCCCAGAGUUCACGGAAGCAGUUUACCUCAAGCUAUGGCACUCAGUCAGGUUCCUCUUCGCCAUUCACCCUGCAGGGAAGCACCACUUAUCGUGGAUCACUCCAGCCUCAAGGUACCACAAGUCGGUUUGCCCCUGGGUCUUUAUCCUCCUAUCCAAGUGUAUCACUAUCCUCACCUCAAGGUGCUGCCAGUCAGUCUGCUAUAGUCCAGAGUUCACAGAAGCAGUUUACCUCUACCUUCACAGGCAGCUCUGGCACUCAAGAAGGGUUCUCUAUGCCACUGACUCUACAGGGAAGCACCACUUAUCGUGGAUCACUCCAGCCUCAAGGUACCACAAGUCAGUUUGCCCCUGGGUCUCCAUCCUCACCCCAAGGUGCUGCCAGUCAGUCUGCUACAGUCCAGAGUUCACAGAAGCAGUUUACCUCUACCUUCACAGGCAGCUCUGGCACUCAAGAUGGGUUCUCUAUGCCACUGACUCUACAGGGAAGCACCACUUAUCGUGGAUCACUCCAGCCUCAAGGUACCACAAGUCAGUUUGCCCCUGGGUCUCCAUCCUCACCCCAAGGUGCUGCCAGUCAGUCUGCUACAGUCCAGAGUUCACAGAAGCAGUUUACCUCUACCUUCACAGGCAGCUCUGGCACUCAAGAUGGGUUCUCUAUGCCACUGACUCUACAGGGAAGCACCACUUAUCGUGGAUCACUCCAGCCUCAAGGUACCACAAGUCUGUUUGCCCCUGGGUCUUUAUCCUCCUAUCCAAGUGUAUCACUAUCCUCACCUCAAGGUGCUGCCAGUCAGUCUGCUACAGCCCAGAGUUCACAGAAGCAGUUUACCUCUACCUACACAGGCAGCUCUGGCACCCAGUCAGGUUCCUCUUCGCCAUUCACCCUGCAGGGAAGCACCACUUAUGGUGAAUCCCUUCAGCCUCAAAGUACCACUAGUCAGUUUGCCUCUGCGUCUCCAUCCUCCUAUAACUGUCACUGUGUAUCAUUGUCCUCACCCCAAAGUGUUGCCAGCCAGCUCAGCCAAGCACUUCAAAGCUAUUCCGUGUCCCAAAGCCAGAAGUCUCCUAGAGUGCAGCCUUCUCAAGGUAUUCAGACUCCAGGUGCAACUGCGUCACAGGAUAGUUCUCCAUCUCUCAGCUCACCAAUGCAGAGUAGGUUCUCUUCCCUGUCCUCAGCAGGAGGCUCAUCUUCAGGAGAUUCUGGACAGUUUGUUUCUGCACAGGGUGGUAGCACCAGUUAUGGUGGCUCUUCUCUCCAUUCUCAAAGCCUCUCUAGCAAGUACACCCCUGGGUCCCAUGCAUAUGCCAAGCUUGGUUCCUCUCCCUUAGCUGUUUCUACCCAGUCUACCAGUGAUCAGAGGUCAAAUGGCCUGUAUAGCUCAGACUCUCUUCGAACCCAGGGUCUCCAUAUGGUUAAAAGGCCCUCCAGACUCUCAUAUCAAGCUCCUUCUGAUUUCUCAAGCAGUAACAAGAUAUCUAAGAGUUUUGUGACCUUGCAACGCCCCGCAGGUUCCAACUUUGCUCCGUCUCUAGGCUUGAGUGCCCAAGCACCUUCUGUUAUGUUCUCUGGUAUCCUGCAGACUGCACAGCCUCUACGUGGGUCAGAUGUCUAGCUAUACAACCAACCUCUUAAACCGCUACAAUGUCAAGGGCUAAGGGACUCUAGAAAAUUGCCA